AUUCUUUUAAAUGUAAAAAAAAUAUGAAAUUAUCACAAACAGAACGAGAAGAUUUAUUUAAAAAAAAUAAUAAAAAAGCUCCUAAAUGUGAUUUAUGUAAUUUAAAUCAUUUUAGAUGUAAAGAAACAGAUUGCAAUAUGUGUUGUAAUUUGAAUAAAUGUAAUUCAUAUCCAUGUGAAAAUUGUGAAGAUAAAAAAAUUGAUUGUGAAUAUUCAAUUAUAAGGAAUAAAGAAGAAUUUGAAACGUUUAAAGAAUUAGGUAUGACAGCUUAUAUUGGACAAAUAGAAAAUACUAAAGAUGGAAAGCCUCAUGUUCAUGCUUAUAUUCAAUUUAAAAAGGUGGUUACUGUUAAAAAAGUAAAAGAAAUGUUUGGAGAUAAUUCAAUGUAUUUAUCUUUUAGAUUAUGGGGUAAUGUAGAAUCGAAUAUAGAAUAUGCAUCAAAAUUAUAUAAUCGAUGUGAUAGACAUAAGAAAUAUGGAUGUAAAUAUGAUUAUUUUAAUAUUAGACAUAGAUGUGAAAUUUGUAAUGAAAAUUGUCCUUUGAGAACAAGAGCUAGAAGAGAUGAUUUAUUCAGUUUAAUUGGUCCAUUUAGAUUUGGAAAAUUUAUUGCUCAUUUAUAA